AUGAACCUAACUGCGCUCAAAGCUUUCGUGGGCUUACUCUGGAAUUGCUGGGUUCUGGUGGGUCACGCACAGGGAGGUUUAGGAGACAAUCAUGUCCAUUCGAGUUUUAUUUACAGGAGGCUGCGGAACCAUGAGAGAAGGGAGAUUCAGAGAGAGAUUCUCUCUAUCCUGGGUUUACCUCACAGACCCAGACCAUUUUCACCAGGAAAGCAGGCUUCUUCUGCACCCCUUUUCAUGCUGGACCUGUAUAAUGCCAUGACAAAUGAAGAGGAUUCUGAGGAGCUGGAGUAUUCACUAAAGGGAUCAAUGGCAGGGGAGAGCAGAGGGAUACGAAAAGGAUACCCUGCCUCUCCAAAUGGAUAUUCGCGGAGAAUACAAUUAUCUCGCAUGACCCCCCUGACCACACAGAAUCCUCCUUUAGCCAGCCUGCACGACACCAACUUUCUGAAUGAUGCUGACAUGGUCAUGAGCUUUGUCAAUUUAGUUGAAAGGGACAAGGACUUCUCCCACCACCGAAGGCACUACAAAGAAUUCCGCUUUGACCUUACUCAGAUCCCUCAUGGAGAGUCAGUGACAGCAGCCGAAUUCCGGAUAUACAAAGAUCGGAGCAACAGCCGCUUUGAGAAUGAAACCAUUCAGAUUAGCAUAUAUCAGAUCAUCAAGGAGUAUCCCAACAGGGAUGCAGACUUGUUCCUGUUAGACACAAGAAAAGCUCAGGCUUCUGAUGUGGGCUGGUUUGUCUUCGACAUUACUGUGACCAGCAAUCACUGGGUGAUUAAUCCGCAGAACAACCUGGGCUUGCAACUCUGCGCUGAAACCGGGGACGGUCGGAGUAUCAAUGUUAAAUCUGUUGGCCUGGUUGGAAGACAUGGGCCCCAGUCAAAGCAACCAUUCAUGGUUGCAUUCUUCAAGGCAAGUGAAGUGCUUUUCCGUUCUGUCCGAGCAGCCAACAAUAAAAGGAAAAAUCAGAACCGCAACAAAUCCAGUGGUCAACAGGAGUCCUCUAGGAUGCCAAGCGUUGGGGAUUAUAACACAAGCGAACAAAAGCAAGCAUGUAAGAAACAUGAACUUUAUGUGAGUUUCCGAGACUUAGGAUGGCAGGAUUGGAUUAUUGCACCAGAGGGUUAUGCUGCGUUUUACUGUGAUGGAGAGUGUUCUUUCCCCCUCAAUGCCCACAUGAAUGCAACAAACCAUGCCAUUGUUCAGACUCUGGUUCACUUGAUGUUCCCCGAUCAUGUACCAAAGCCAUGCUGUGCACCAACAAAACUGAACGCAAUCUCCGUGCUCUACUUUGAUGACAGUUCCAAUGUUAUUUUAAAAAAAUACAGGAAUAUGGUGGUGCGUUCAUGUGGCUGCCACUAA